CUCGCUCUUCGCCGACUGCUCUCUGGCUCAGUUUGGCUCGACACAUCGUCCGCGCCGGUCGCGCCCCAACUCGUAUUGCACACUCCCGAAUAGUCGCGAAAUUCGCGCGACGCCAGCUGCGCCAGUGCGUGCGGUGCGCGAUUAUGCGCGCGGAACAGCCCCGCUCUAUUAGGCUGUAGGGCUUCCUUGGACAACUCUGACUCGCCAUGGAUUAACCCUCUUCUCCGAAUUGGACUGAAGAUGCGACCGAAGAGGACGUGUCGGGCGGCAGAGAGCGCUCGGACAAAAGUCAGCGAAUAAUCGGGCGGCCAAGCUGAAGCGCGCGAGGAUGUGCUGCUACGUGAUAGUGACGGGGCGCAGCCUGGCCUGGACGCUGCUCUCCCUGCUGGCGUUCAUGGCGGUGCUAUCGGCUGUGAUCACGCCCAGAUGGCUGGUGGGCCCGCCGAAGACCAUCGACACUCCCAGCGGUGCCGAACUGUACGCACCGUCGGAGGGCAUCUACAACCGCUGCACCAGACUCUUCGGGCGCAAUCACUGCGCCAACUUCAACAUGGAGGGCAUGGCUACCGACUCGUCGGUCUUCCCCACCUUCUGGAAAUUGUCUCUGUUCUUCAUGUCGCUGGGGCUUGCCAUCAUGGGAUCGACCGUCGUCACUGCUCUGCUCGGAUGCUGCGUGCAGAGUGUCGGCAGGAAGAGUAUCUUCAAUCUCUCUGGAGUUGCCCAAGCUAUUGCCGGAAUCGCUUAUUUACUUGGCAUGAUAUUUCACGCUGGUGGAUGGGGCGCUGACAGAGUGCGUAGGAUCUGUGGCAUUGAAGCCGAUGCAUUUUACUUGGCCAAUUGCUCUUUAGGAUGGGCAUUUUAUUGCGCCGUAGUGGGCAUUGUGUUGACAUUUGCGUGCGCGAUUUUUAGCGGCCAAGCUGAAAAAUCUACCGCAAGCGACAGAGUCCAAGAUAAAAUGAACGAAGGCAAAAGUCUGAUAUGUCUUGUUUAAGAGUAAAACUGACUUACUGAUAAAACAAUCUGCUCGAUGAGAUUACACUGAGCUGUACGGAAGACGUACGCGCAAAAAAUUUCUAGUAUGAAUUCCAGGUGCCAUUUACAAAUAUAUAUUACAGCCUUUAUUUAUACAUCUAUUCAAUCACCCGUUGUCUCAAUGUUUAUAUUCGUAACAAAGUCGUGUCUACAUUUUUAUUGUUAGAUAGCAUAAUUUAGCUGUAA